GUUUUGUUAUUUUCUUUUGCACUUGUCGGCUACCAUACUUUAUAGUCCUUGCUUUGUGCACUGGGGUACAGUCAUAUAGGGCCUUCUCCAAAUUGUUGUCUCAAAGUUGGAAGCAUAGCAAGGUCCAAGAUGCCGUGGUCUGCUGAAGCAUUAAGAUUAAACCUUCACUAGAGAUAAGAGGCCUGACCGAAACACCUGAAUUAAAUCAUUAACAGGUUUGGCGGAAUACUUUAGUCAAUAUACUGUGUACGUCAGUGAACUUUUGUCAGUUAUGGCCUUCCAUAUGGUGGCACUAUGAAAAUGGGCGGAGCAAUGGCGUUCCUCAUUGCGGUCUGAAGCGACGGCCGAAGACGCAUACUAAGACACUACACAGUAUGCCAAAGAAGUACGCCUUUCCACAUGGAGCGUACUGUGUAGUGUAGUAGUGUAGUACCCGGACGUCGCUUUGCGUUUCACCCACGGCUCUGUCUCUGACUCGCUCUGUACGAUAUGCUUAAUAUUAGCCGGGUUUUUACAGGAACGACCUGUUUAAUCAGCGCUCCGGACUCUUUCCGUCCUGCAUAAGAGCCUGCAAGCUUUAGGGAGAUAGUGAAGGUUUUUAACGUUUAUUGUUUUUACAGAUUAUUGUUUUUUUAGGCCAGCAGGGUCCAUUGUUAGAGUUGUUGUUUGAAUAUCUAGAAAUCAUCUCAGAGCAUGGAGAGCAGAGAGAAGGAAAGCAGGUCUGAUGGAGAAUGUGAGUCUGCUGAAGAGGAAGAAGUGGAUCCCCGGGUUCAGGGGGAACUGGAGAAGCUGAAUCAGUCCACAGAUGACAUCAACCGAUGUGAGACCGAACUGGAGGAUGCCAGGCAGAGGUUUCGCUCUGUGCUGGUGGAAGCCACACUGAAACUGGAUGAGCUGUUGAAAAAGAUCGGCAAGGCCGUAGAGGACUCAAAGCCAUACUGGGAGGCACGCCGUGUGGCACGCCAGGCUCAGCUUGAGGCUCAAAGAACAACACAAGACUUCCAGAGAGCCACUGAGGUGCUUCGGGCUGCCAAAGAAACUAUCGCCUUGGCUGAACAGAGACUGCUGGAAGAAGACAAACGGCACUUUGACUCGGCUUGGCAGGAGAUGCUGAACCACGCCACACAGAGAGUGAUGGAGGCAGAACAGACGAAAAGCCGCAGUGAGCUGCUACAUAAAGAGACAGCAGCCAGAUAUAAUGCAGCCAUGAGCCACAUGAAGCAGCUGGAGAAGAAGCUCAAACGCACCAUCAGCAAGUCCAAACCUUAUUUUGAAAUGAAGGCAAAGUACUACUUGGAGCUAGAGCAACUGAAAACAAAUGUGGAUGACCUUCAGACCAAGUUGACACACUCAAAAGAGGAAUAUAAGACGGCUCUGAAAAACCUAGAGAUGAUCUCAGACGAGAUCCACGAGCGCCGGCGCUCCGUAGCUAUUGGCUUUCGGGAGAGAGGAGUGGGGUCAGAGGGUGACGGGAUCACUGGAGAUGAUAUUACCAACUUUAAAAUGGAGUCUGAUGGCAUAUCCAUGACAUCAGAGAUGUUUGAGGAUGAGAACUGCAGUAACAACAUCAUGUCUGAGGAGGAUUCAGAAACACAGUCUACAUGUAGUAUGAACUCUGGAGGCAACAGCCCAUUGCCACUGCAGUGCCCCUUCUCUUCUUCCUUAUCUCCAUCAUUUACAUCUUCAUCCUCCUCAUCUCCUUCUCCCUUAUCACGCCCAUGCAGCCUGGAACUGCCUAGCACUGUUUCUCUGUCAGACUUUGCCUUGAUUUCGCCUAUCCUUGGACCACGAAGUGAAUGCAGCGGAGCCUCCUCACCUGACUGUGACAUGGAGAGAGGUGACAGAGCAGAGGGAGCCGAGGAUGAGUUAAACAACACUCUAAACAACAACAGCAGUAGCAGCAUUAAGUAUCGCUUCCAUUUCCUGUCCCUAAAACACGGCCAAAUAGACAACAGCAAAACUACAGAGCAUAAACCACUGGGAAUGGCCUAGAGUAUCACCAGCACUACACCACUGCUUAUUGGGGCAGAUAUUGGGGCUGCUAUUACCUGAUCACUCCCACCCUUGUAAAAGAUGUGUGCAGCUCUCCAUCUGUCUCUUGUAUGAUUCAACAGUUUUUAUUUUGCCAGGGCUACUCUGGACCUUACUGGCAAAAUCAGUGAAACAGUUAGAGGAAUUUGUACGUUUAAUAUAGUAGGAAUGAUUUCUUACAGCACAUGAAGGAAAAAGAAAACUAAGUGAUGAAGUCUCAUUUACCACUAUGAGGAACAUCAUGGAAAUAAUGUGAUCUAAAUAAUGUGAUUAUAUUUCUGGUUAUGGACCAGGGGCACCACAGAGACAUUGUUGACAUGAUGAAAUAGAAAGCAGGCAAAACAGUAUUUUGAGAAUUAAACACAUUGUUAAUUGGCUGCUUCGGUAGGCCAAUAAGGGCGCAUGUGCCAUCAUGCUGAAUGGUUGUUCUCCACAUGCUCCUUUUAACUGUUUCAUCAUCUGCACUGUAUGCUCUUUAUUUCAGCAGCAGCAGGACCAAUAAAGUGGAAAUGUGCAUGCUGCCAUAAGCAAUAGAUAAUGCGAUGUGAUAUUUCCAGCUCUUGUUUGUAGAUUAAAACAUGGAUUAUAAAGGCAUAAUCUAGUUUUACACUGUCACUUAACUUUGUUAGCAGUUGGGCAGACUCUAAGAUGUCAGCAUGAAUAUUGAUCAGUUCUUUAAUAUUGUAGCUUCUGCUGCUAGAUACAGGGGCACAAGGCACAGCUUCAGUCAGGUCAGUAGACGGGCCACAUUUAUUUGUUGCAGCUGUUUUGUGUAUUAGAAAUAUCUUUAAAAGCUGUGAUUUUGUGUCUUGUUCAUUCUAGUCAUAGAUUUAAGUCUUUGGUCUUCUAUUUAAAUAAACUGUGAUUGUAAUUUUUUUUUCUGGCUUAAAAUAAAGUAAUAUUCUGAUCAUUGUAA